UCCUUUAACGGAAAACAAAAGAUCUAGGAAAUAGCUCAAUUUUGAUAACUGAUAGCUUUUUUAUUGCAGUUUGCAAUCUUUUAUUAAGAAAGCAAUUAAUUUAGUAAGAUUUUAAUUAAAUUUGCAAGUUUCUUUUCAAGUUCAUUAAUCUUGAAGUUACAGAUUAUUUUAAAAUUGUGAAAUUUUAAGCUUUUGUUUUUAAUUCUUUUUAAGUUUCUAAUUUUGGUGUGAAGAGACCAAAAUGGACGGUUUUUACGAUCUAUGGUCAACUCGUCGAAUCUUUCAACAUGAUCAGCAUGAUAAGUCUUUAUGUUUGGAUCAUUUAACCAAGGAUUUGGAAGAGUCAUUUGUUAAAAAGAACGAAAUUCGAAAUCCUGGAGUUUCAGAAAUCGAUUUGGUGCAACAACCAUCAUUGAACAAACUACCUGUUGACUGUUUUCCCUCUCAAACUACCUCAAAACCAACUCGAGCUAUUCGAGGAGCAAAGUAUAAUGACAAUAAAUUAUAUGACCAGGUUUGGCAAGAGUGUAUUUCCAUGAAACCAGAUUAUCUCAAAGAUAUCGUUAAAGCGAUUCGUGAGUUAAAAUUUGAUCCAGCUAAUAAUGUAUCCAAUGGGUCAGUGACGACUGACAACAUAGGAAAUCGUUUUUCUCAUCGUCUUCCUGGGAAAUAUUCUCAACAUGGACAUAAAAAACAAUCUAAUUUCGGUGAUCAAAGAUCUAAAAUAAGACAUACAAAUUAUUCAUUAGGAUCAAUGCAAGUCUCGAACCGAAAAUACUGAAUUUUUUGGCAUUUUGCAAAAGAUCCUUCAUUACCGCUCAAUCUCGAUGCAAUGGGAUGGCAAUUUUUAAUUUCCAGUGGAACCAAAAGUUUUAAUGUAUCAAUUUGGGAGGAUCAAAAUAAAGAAAUCAUUGGUUUUUAAUGUUUUAAUCAAGAGUUUUAAAGAUACGAAUCACACAUAAUUUGGUUGACUUUAAUUUUUUCGACUAAAUAUGUUCACUAUACAAUGCAAAAGAUUUAUCAUUAUGAUACAUAAAUAAUUGACUAAAAUCUAAUUUUUGAUAGAUUAGAAAAAAAGAAAGACUUGAUUUGUUGUAAUUCAACAAAAAUUGUACAAUAAAUUAAAGUUAUAAAUAAGUUUGACUUGUACAGCGCUCAUAAGACUGUAUAUCAGUUAAACUCUGGUUCCACAAUAAAGUUUCUCCGUUAAUUAUGA